AGAGAGAGAGAGAGAGAGAAGUCCACUCCUCCGCGUCCCGGACAGUCGGCAUCGAGCAUCCAUGUGCCAAACGGACUGUUGGAUUCGGAGCGCAGAUUUAGACGGGUCUACUCCUGAACCAGCUUCACUUACUGACUUGGCAGCGGGGAGUCACAGCUGAAACUCUCCAACUCUUACCAAGCAGCACACGCAUGUUUAUGUGCGCUCAGAUCCUCGGACUCUGCUGUGGACUGCCUGAAAACCAGCCGCUGCCUCCCUCGGGAUUCUCCUAUCUGCGGGAUUUGGGACUGGUCUCGUUCAGAAAUGUUUGAAUCAGUCUGCGGGACUCCUGCUUCCGCUCCCGACGUGCGCAGCCCCGCUGUCUCCUGCCCGUCGGCGCGUCUUUGUCAUUUUAAUGUCGCUGUAAACGUCUGGUUGAUGGUCACUUUGCAUUUCAGCACAAACUGACAAAGUGAGGAGGUUUUCUCUCCCGGCUGGAGUAAAGAACACACGUCUGCGGGAGAGCCGCUGACCGUGGAUCUGUUUCCCUUCAACUGUUUUCCUCUGGAUUGGUUUUUAUUUAUUCCUCAGAAACUCUUUGAUACUUUUUUCUGGAGCAAACCCGAGGAUGUUGCUCCGCUGCUCGAACCCUCCCUCCUGGUCCACCUGUAGGUUUUUCUUCUGCUUUCUGUUGCUGCUCCAAACGCCCCGGUCCUCCUCUCCGUUAAUUACAGGUACAGAGGCCAGCUGUGAUAACGAAGGAGAGGUGCUCCACAUCCCCAACAUCACCGACAACCCCUGCAUCACCUGCGUCUGUCUGGAGGGGAAGGCCGACUGUAAACAGGAGAAAUGCCCGCUGGUCUCUGAGGACUGUGCUCUGGUGGUGAAACAGACUGGAGCCUGCUGUGAGAGGUGUAAAGGCUGCAUGUUGGAUGGACGAUCGUACAACAGCUCUGUAUCCUGGACCACCUCCACCAAACCCUGCAUAACCCGAAGAUGUCAGGAAGGUGUCAUCACUGAGGCAGAGGUGCAGUGUGUCGUCCACUGCAAGAACCCCAAGAUCCACCCGAAGAAGUGCUGUCCCACCUGCCCCAGUUGUAUCUUUGAGGGUCGUCUGUACAAAGAGAGGGAGGAGUUCAGUCCAGAGGGAAAACCCUGCAUCAAAUGCACCUGCACUGGAGGCCGGACUCUCUGCAUGAGAGAGGUGUGUCCUGUCCUUUCCUGUCCCGCCCACCUCACCCACACCCCGCCCGGGCAGUGCUGUCCCAGGUGUCUCGGUCAGCGGAAGGUGUUCGACCUGUCUUUAGGAAGCUGUCUGUUCCACAGUGAGGUCUAUGAGAACGGCACUAGCUUCACACACGACAGCUGCACCACCUGCACCUGCAAGGAUUCAACAGUGGUGUGCAAGAAGCGGUGCUCACGGCCGGGAGGUUACCAGGACGACCAGUGUUGUGAGGAGUGUUUGUCGUACGUGAAGGUGGAGGAGGUGAAGUACUGCAGAGUCCGGAACAAGAUCUACAGGGAAGGAGACAUGUGGUCGUCCGUUAACUGCACUCUCUGUGCCUGCGUUAAAGGAAGUAUCGAGUGUCGGCCCAAACAGUGUGUACCAAUCACCACCUGCCCCUCGAAUAAGAUCCUGAACAGAACCGGCUGCUGCCCAGUUUGCACUGAAAAGCCAGGUGUAUGUACAGUGUUUGGGGACCCGCACUACAACACCUUCGAUGGCAGGACUUUUAACUUUCAGGGAACUUGUCAGUACGUUCUGACUCGUGACUGUGGCAGUGUCGUGUCUGGAAGCCCAGGAAAUAACCUCAACAUCAACAACCCAGACUCCAGCUUCACGGUGUUGGUGAAGAACGACGCCCGGCGGACUCGCUCCUUCUCCUGGACUCAGUCUGUUGAGGUGAGGCUUGGAGGUUUGAGCCUCAGUCUGCACCAGCACUUGACGGUGCGGAGGAAUGGCACCCGUAUCGCCCUGCCCUACCACGGCCCCGGGGUGCACAUUGACCUGGAUGGAUAUCUGCUGAAACUCACAACCAUAGCAGGUCUGGAGAUCACAUGGGACGGUGACAGUUUUGUGGAGGUCGUAGCAGCUCCACACCUGCGCGGGCGCCUCUGCGGCCUCUGUGGCAACUACAACGGCCACAAACGCGACGACACCAUGGGAGGCGACGGCCAGUUCAAGUUCGACGUGGACGAGUUUGCAGAGUCGUGGCGGGUCGAGGAGAACGCCGUUUGCACCCAGCAACAUCCGCCUCGCCGGCCAACAUCCUUCCUGUGUCCGGGCAGCGUCAAAGUCAAGUUCCGCGCUCACCGGGAGUGCCAGAAAAUAAAGUCGUGGGAGUUUCAGAAGUGUCACCGUGUGGUCGACUUUGCCCCUUUCUACAGGUCGUGCGUGACAGACAUGUGUGAGUGUCCGGUCCAUAAAAACUGCUACUGCGAGUCCUUCAUCGCCUACAGCCGGGCCUGUGAGAGGGAGGGAGUACCUGUCCUCUGGAGGCCUGACACCGCCUGUGUGGCCACCCAGUGUAAACACGGCGCCGUGUACGACACCUGCGGCCCGGGCUGCACCAAAACCUGUGACAACUGGAACGAGAUCGGACCGUGCUACAAGCCCUGCGUGGCCGGCUGCCACUGUCCCGCCAACCUGGUGCUGUUCCAGGGACGCUGCAUCAAACCCAUAUCCUGCCCUGGACGGUGACCCUUGUGACCCGGGUGGGAGGGGGGGAUUAGGUUAGGGAGGGUCAUUUAGUCUAAAAAAUUAUAAGGGGCCAAACUUGCCAAGAAGAGUUUGGGAGGACGCUAAAGGGUCUGAAGUCGACAGAUCAGAUGCCACAAGGUACUCAGGGUCCAUAUCUUCACAGGGAAGUACGCUGGUGAUAGUACAGUGAUGGACCGCGGGGAGGCUGAUCCUCACCACUGCAGUCAGCCUCUGACUUUAUUGUGCCUCUUGUAAUAUCACAUACUGUUACAAUACCAGUCACCACCACAGGAGGCGCUGAUUUCAGUCUUGUAGAGGAAGAACAUAACUCCCAGGAGAAAACUCAGGGGGCCCUGUUUAGAGAUUUUACAAUCUCCACUAUCUGAGGAAAGUUCGACUUGCUGCCAUGGACCCUCAGGAAACAACCUGGGCCGGUGGACUCCUGUUAGAGCCAACAUGGCGUCCGAGUUUCUCUCACAAACACUCUAAAGUGGGAAACUGAGCAUCUGCAUUUGGAAUAGUGAGAUUGGAAGCAGAGAAACUCUCUGAUGCAUCAUAUCAAACUGUCCUUGUGAUCCUCUGUUCCAUCAUUUCAUACUGUAAGCUAGCCAGAUUUAUAUGAAAGACAGACAGCUUUUAUAUAAUUAUUGUUCUAAUUAUUAUUAUUAUUUGUUGUUGAUGUUGUUAAUUUAUAUAUCAGUCAAAUGACAUGUCGUAGCAAGAGCCAGAAUCAUGAAUAUAAUUGAGUUAUAAAUGAUUUAAAGGGAAACAAAAGCUAUUUAUGUAUUUGUAGUGUACGUUUGUGUUACUGUUUGAAGAGAAAUGCCCAAAUGUGACUCAGUUGUUGCACCAUCGCAGGGAAAAAGUACUGUAUUGUAUUAAUGCUCCGUGUACAGGUUGUUGUGGUUAGUAUCAAACUGAAGGUGUUCAUCUAAGCAUAUGUUCCACUUGACGAUAAUUAUUUAAGACCAGCAAUAUAAUCUUUUAUCGAAGUUCAUGUUUGACUGCUGUCUUUACUCUGUGAAGUCCUGAAACCUUUAAUAAUUACAGGAGAAAAAACACCUGACCCGAAGGUUGCUGGUUCAAAUCCCCACAACACGAAUGUUGAUUUCCCAGGGAGGACAGAAAAUGAAGCCAAAGUUAUGUUUGUUUGGCCUUUUUCUAGUCUUUGUUUCCUU